AUGACUUCAGAAUCUCGACAAAAAGAGAAGUUGCGAUGUAUAAAAGAACGGACCUUACUGACUCACUUACAAUGUGCACUUAUUGCUUUCAUAUCAGCCAAGGCGGAUAUCAAGUUGUCACCACCAAAACGAGUAAGUCGUUUAUCUCAAGACUUUCUUAAUAUUAGCUCAAUCACAUUUUUAACUGAAACCACUUUGUUCACUUUAAACUUGAAAGAUUUUAUUAAAAGAAGAAAGAAGGAAAAACUUAUCCAAAUGAUGAAAGAUGGAAUUGAUUAUAGAAUUAUGGAAAGGAAAAUACAAAAUGAAAAGAAAAGAGAGAUUCUACAUGUAUUAGAGGAUAUAUUGUUUGAAGACGGUUUCGUUGUAUAUUACGAAAACGAGAAUAGAGAGGGAAUCAGAGGUAAUGUUUUUAUUCAAAUGCCCGAUAAGCAGAUUGUUAAUAAAGAAAUGAUUAUCAAACUUGGUGAGUCAAUAGAAAAGUACUGCUCUGAAAGAUUUAUCCAAAAAAAGAAACAAAAUAUAUCAAAAGAAAUGAUUAUAUUAACAAAAGAAAGAGUACUGAAUAUUAUCAAUGAAACUGUUGUUAAUAAGGUUUAA